GCGACACCCGAGUACAGAGAGAGAGAGAGAGAGAGAGACACGCAUACACACCUAGAGCGACCGGGGCACGGACAGCGGAGAAUCCGCAACCGGGGCACCGGGACUUAGAGUCCCGGGACGGUGGAGACACGAUGCUGCCUGACUGACCCAGUAUUUCCAGCACCUUUUGUUGUUGUUUCUACUGGUUGGUGGGACGGCGGUUCGGCUGGUAGAGCUGUCCCCUCUCACAGUUCCAGCCACUCGCAUUCCUUUGUGACCCGCGGUGCCGACUGUGCGGAGGAGUUUGCACACUCUCCCUGUGACUGCACUGGUAUCCCCUGGGUGCUCCAGUUUCCUCCCACAUUAUAAAAAUGUCCGGCUUGGGUACUAGAAAUAACAUUCAUCCUCUCCCUUGAACAAUCAUCUUUGCACCUUUUGCAUCCACUUGAGAGAACAAAGCAGCUCUGUUCAGUGGACUGAGUUGGUGAUUCCUGAGAACCAUCAGUGACUUGGACUUGUAUGGCCCUGCUGUAAAUCUGGGACAAGCCGAGUAAUAGGUGGUGAGACAUCAAUCGCUCGACCUGAUGUGGUCUGCUGGUGUAGCCCCAUUGUACUGGGCUUCUCCUGGGAUAGGAUUUGGUGAAGAAUCCAUUUCCCCAUUCCUCAAGGAUCCCUGACCUGGAGAUCAGGAAGGAAAAGAAAGAUUUAGAAACUCUUGCAAAGCCUAGGUAACUUGGACAGGACAUGAGGCUCCACCUCCAUCCUUGUCUCCUAUCAGAGGCUGUCACAGGGUGUUCUGAGGGUGGGGUCUCCACACUAAGCUGAGGCUUAGUUGUCACUCAGAGCUCACUGCCCCUUAUUGCCUGACUGAAAUUUGGAAGGCUAGGACAAUUGAAUCAACACAUCCAUACCAGUGUGAAACUAAGUGCAGCUGGGUGAGAAGAGUUGAAAACUCACUGGAUAAUAUAUCAUGGGGAAGAAAUGGAUGAUUUGCUCUCAGAAAAUGGCAGAUUCAAGGAUGAAGGAGCGGAUAGUGUUUCCAAGUCUCCUCCAGAAUCAGUUUGCCCAUUGGAUGUCAGAGUUGCCGGAAAAGCUGUGGGACAUGGCUCUGUGCAACCUGGCUAUUCCAGGAAGCCAUGACUCCAUGACUUACUGCUUAGACUUAAGUUCCCCCGUCAAACCUUCAGAGAAGAUUUUAAGCUAUUUGGACCAUGUAAUCCCUUGCAUCACACGUCCAGAGAUACGCAGAUGGUGUAAGACACAGGAAUCUAGUGUAACACAGCAAUUGGAGGAAGGAAUUCGAUUCUUUGAUCUAAGGAUUGCCUAUAGACCAAAUGAUACAACUGAACACUUAUACUUUGUCCAUGGGAUCUAUACAACUAUUACUGUUCAGGAUGCUUUCAAGGAGUUUGGAGCAUGGUUAGAAACCCAUCCCAAGGAAGUGGUUAUAUUGGCCUGCACGUACUUUGAAGGGAUGAACGAACAGCAGCAUCACCAGUUAAUUCAGAAAAUUGAGAACAUAUUUGGGUCCAAACUCUGCCUGAAAACCUCUGCUGAACGGGUAACAUUAAGGAAACUAUGGGAGAUGGGUUGUCAAGUCAUCAUGUCCUAUGACAACAAUAUUGCAGAAGAAAAUCCAAAACUUUGGCCCAGAAUCCCUUAUUGGUGGGCAGAUACAUACAAUCCUGAAUCACUCGUUCACUAUCUGGAAACUCAGAAACAGCAAGGACGACCAGAUGGCUUCUUUGUUGCUGGCAUGAACCUUACAGAAGAUUGGUGGUACAUUGUGACUCAUCUCCACAGCUCUUUGAAGAAACUGACUUUUCCUAAUUACCCAUAUUUGAUUGACUGGAUUAAGAAGCAGACCCCAGGACCUGGAAAGCCCUGUAUUAAUAUCAUUGCAGGGGAUUUCAUAGGAGCUGGCUACCUCAUUCCUGCUGUACUUGACCUCAAUAGAAAACUGAUUCAAAAUGAAGAAAACUGAAUAGAACAGUACAGCGCAAUACAGGCCCUUUGGCCCACAAUGUUGUGCUGACCUUUAAACCUCACCUAAGACUAUCUAACCCCCUCCUCCCACAUAUCCCUCUAUUUUAAAUUCCUCCAUAUGCUUAUCUAGUAAUCUCUUGAAUUUGACCAAUGUACCACCCCAGGCAGCGCAUUCCAUGCCCCAACCACUCUCUGGGUUUAAAAAAAACCUCCCUCUGAUAUCUCUCUUGAACUUCCCACCCAUUACUUUAAAGCCAUGCCCUCUUGUAUUGAGCAUUGGUGCCCUGGGAAAGAGGCGCUGGCUGUCCACUCUAUCUAUUCCUUUUAAUAUUUUGUACACCUCUAUCAUGUCUCCUCUUAUCCUCCUUCUCUCCAAAGAGUACAGCCCCACCUCCCUUAGUCUCUCCUCAUAAUGAAUACUCUCUAAACCAGGCAGCAUCCUGGUAAAUCUCUUCUGCACCCUUUCCAAUGCUUCCACAUCCUUCCUAUAAUGAGGCGACCAGAACUGGACACAGUACUCCAAGUGUGGUCUAACCAGAGUUUUGUAGAGCUGCAUCAUUACCUCGCGGCUCUUAAACUCGAUCCCAUGACUUAUGAAAGCUAACAUCAGAUAAGCUUUCUUAACUACCCUAUCCACCUGUGAGGCAACUUUCAGUGAUCUGUGGAUAUGAACCCCCAGAUCCCUCUGCUCAUCCCAACUAGCCAGAAUCCUGCCAUUAAUUGUGUCAUCUGCGAACUUGCCAACCCACCCUUCUACCCCCUCAUUCAAGUCAUUAAUAAAAAUCAUUAAAAGUAGAGGUCCCAGAACUGAUCCUUGUGGGACACUGCUAGUCACAGCCCUCCAAUCUGAAUACACUCCCUCCACCACAACCCUCUGCUUUCUACAGGCAAGCCAAUUCUGAAUCCACACAGCCAAGCUGCCCUGGAUCCCAUGCCCUCUGACCUUCUGAAGAAACCUAUCAUGUGGAACCUUGUCAAAUGCCUGACUAAGAUCCAUGCAGACCACAUCUAUGGCUCUACCCUCAUCAAUCUGCCUGGUCACCACCUCAAAGAACCCUAUCAGGCUUGUGUGACAUGAUCUGCCCUUCACAAAGCCAUGCUGUCUGUCCUUGAUCAUAACAUGAUUCUCUAAAUGCCCAUAGAUCCUAUCUCUAAGAAUCUUUUCCAAUAGCUUGCCCACCACAGAUGCAAGGCUCACUGGUCUGUAAUUCCCUGGACUACCCCUACUACCUUUUUUGAAUAAGGGGACAACAUUUGCCACCCUCCAAUCCUCCAGCACUAUUCCUGUGGACAACGAGGACUCAAAGAUCCUAGCCAACGGUUUGGCAAUCUCCUCCCUCACCUCACGAAGCAGCCUGGGGAAUAUUCUGUCAGGCCCUGGGGACUUAUCUGUCCUAAUAUUUUCUAACAGCUCCAACGCAAUCUCCCUCUUGAUAUCUACAUGCGCCAGAACAUUAACCUUACCAACACUGUCCUCAGUGUCAUGAAGGCCCCUCUCCUUGGUGAAUACUGAAGAGAAGUAUUCAUUGGGGACCUCACCCACCUCCACAGCUUCCAGGCACAUCUUCCCACC